AUGCCCACCUAUGAUGUCCUACAUGUACUCUCUUCUAUUCCUUUAACACAUGAUACCAUUCUUUGUGGUGACUUCAAUGCAAGACUUGGCUCUGUUACUGGUGACUAUGCAUCAAAUUCUCAUGGACUGGCACUAUGUUCUUGGAUAGAAGAGAGAUCUCUAUCAGUUGUAAAUGCAGAUCUUGCACCUUGCAUACCAACAUAUAUUUCUUUCUGCAACAACUAUGAAAUCAGCAGUAUUAUUGACCUCUUUAUAACUAAUAUGCCACUCAUCAAUCCUUCUCUUCAUAUUGCUACUGACUUGUCUCUUGGAUCAGAUCAUCACCUUUUAUCACUUUCCUUUACCUAUGAUCUACAGCACUCUACCAAUAUGCUACCACCAUUACGCAAGACAUGGAACCUCUUACGCCUCAAUGAACCUGAUGUCCAUGCUCUUUAUGCUCAUACCUUCAAUCAAAACUCAACCUCCCUCCUUUCCACCUUGCAAGACAUUGUACAGAAUCCACCACUCACUAGACCUAACAUUGAUGCUAUCACUGAUGAGUUCAAUUCACUCAUUUAUGACUCAUUAAAUAGCUCAAUUGGACAUCGACCCUCUCGCCCAAAUCAUUGGAAAUCCUUCUGGAAUGUAGCUUUGCAAACAGCAGCAGAUCGUCGUAACCAAUGUUACAAAAAAUGGCGCCUAGCAAUAGGUAUUGACAAAGUUGUUUGGUGGACUAAACACAAGCAUGCACAGGCCGAAUUCCAAUCUCAGGUUCAGCAAGCAAAACGUCAGUCUUGGCAUGUCUUUUGUCAGUCUAUGGAACGUGACUUCAGCAAAGCAACAUCAAAGAUAAAGCAGUUAAAACGCUGUAGACAGCCACAACAUACUUUCCAGCACGAUGAUGGACCAGCCGUAGCAGCAGCAACAAUGUGUGACUAUUUGGCAACAGUAUAUAGUGGACAUAUACUUCCAGCAACCCGACCACCAGCACCAAUGACCACUUGUAACAGUGUGCCUUUUGCCUCUGAUGACUCUCCCUUUACCUCACCAAUUGUAGAGGAAUUCAUGCAAUUUAUGCCUAACCGCAAGGCACCAGGACCAGACCAUAUCAGAGCUGAAAUGCUAAAACCUUUUGCUGGCAAUGGUCAUAUGUUCCAAUCCAUUGCCACUCAUAGACGUUCUGGUACACUUGCUACAAUGGCAACCCUAAACUCUGUUGGUGCUUGUCGUUCUGGUUUUUCUCUGCUGCUCAGUUCACGAUUGUAUAAGACCUUUGUCCACCCAAAAUUUGAAUAUGGUUUGGCGAUCUCCACUCUACUGAAACAAGAUAUCAAAGUGCUGGAGUCCAUUCAAGAUAAGUGUCUUCGCAUGAUCGUUGGGGGGCAUGUCACGUCCUCUACAAUUGUGUUAAAGCACAUCUGCAAUCUGCCAAGUAUGAAGUUUCGUGCCGAUGCUCUUAUGGCCAAGUUCUGUAUAAGAUCACGCUUUUUGCCAGCCCAGUGCCUUCUGUCUCUUUUGCACCAUCAUCAUACCGUCUAUUCUUCACUUGUCUCCUUGGGAAAAACCCAUCUUCUGUCCAAUCUCCCUCCAACACUCAAACUUCGAAGCCCUAGUGCUGUAAAAAAUCAUUUUGAAAGCAUUAGAGAAGCUGGAUUUGCAAUCUUUCUCCAGUCCAAUACGCAAGUUCUCAUUCAAGCAUGCCGCCCAGUUCUUGGAGUUGAUCCAAUCUUGUUUUUGCCAGCCUCAUGUGUGGAACGUGGCUGUUUGAUUCGUUGGAGAAUGGGGUGGUUACCAGGCAAACCAAAGGAAUGUCCUUGUGGAUCAGAUCACACCUCACGCCACCAUUUGUUGGAUUGCCCACUUGUUCCUAUGGCACUAUUUGAACAGUUGCCUCAACCUGACCAAGAUCAGAUACACAGAAUUGAUUUUGCCAUCACAUCCUUGCCUUUGUCAUCUCAUGAACUGCGACCUGCAUACUGGAUACCACUGAUGACUAUUUUCUGGCACAUAGAUGUUAUAUGUAAUCCUGAUGGCAACUAUUCACAUGAGACUAAACAUGGUGCUCUUUGGACAUAA